AUGAAUCCAGCAAAUCAUUCCCAGGUGACAGGCUUUGUCCUCCUGGGGCUCUCUCAGGUAUGGGGGCUUCGGUUCCUCUUCUUUAUUAUCUUCUCUGCUGUGUAUCUUAUGACCGUAGCUGGAAAUCUCCUUAUUGUGGCCAUAGUGACCUGUGACUCACGCCUCCACACAACCAUGUACUUUCUCUUAGGCAACCUUUCUUUCCUAGACCUUUGCUACUCUUCCAUCACAGCACCUAGGAUGCUGUUUGACUUGCUCUCAGACAACCCCAUCAUUUCCUUCGGCAGCUGCCUGACUCAGCUCUUCUUCUUCCACUUCAUUGGAGGCAUCAAGAUCUUCCUGCUGACGGUGAUGGCAUAUGACCGCUAUGUUGCCAUCUCCCAGCCAUUGCGCUACAUGCUUGUGAUGAACCGGGCAGUCUGUGGGCUCCUCAUGGUAGCCUCCUGGGUGGGGGGCUUCAUCCACUCCAUUGUGCAGAUUGGACUGACUAUCCAGCUGCCAUUCUGUGGGCCUGACAAGCUGGACAACUUUUACUGUGACGUGCCUCAGCUGAUCAAAUUAGCCUGCACGGAUACCUUUGUCUUAGAGCUUCUGAUGGUGUCUAACAAUGGCCUGGUGACUUUGAUGUGUUUUCUGGUGCUCCUGGGAUCCUACACGGCACUGCUAGUCAUGCUCCGAGGCCACUCAUGGGAGGGCCGGAGCAAAGCCCUAUCCACUUGUGCCUCUCACAUUGCUGUGGUGACCUUAAUUUUUGUGCCUUGUGUCUACAUCUAUGCGAGGCCAUUUCGGACAUUCCCUAUGGACAAGGCGGUCUCUGUUCUGUACACAAUGGUCACUCCCAUGCUGAAUCCUGCCAUCUAUACCCUGAGAAACAAGGAAGUGAUCGUGGCCAUAAAGAAACUAGGGAGACACAGAAUUUGAAGCAGGCUCCAGGCUCUGAGCUGUCAGCACAGAGCCUGACGUGGAGCUCGAACUCACGGACUGUGAGAUGAUGACCUGAGCCGAAGUCGGACGCCCAACCGACUGAGCCACCCAGGCGCCCCAUGGAAGCUCUUAAACUUAUUCCCCACAGUCUAGCUCCACAGCCUAGAUUCAAGAGCAGCAACGGAGGGGCCUUGAUGCAGCAC